AUGUCGACUUUAUAUGAUCAGAUAAAAUUGCUUUACGAACAAUCCUUAUAUUCAAAUGUUAUUUCGCUUGCAAAUUUGGUUUUAUCACUGAGUGAGCAUAAUUCAGAUUUAUUGCCAAUACAUGGGAAAUUCCAUAUAUAUGUUUAUUAUGCAGAUGCUCAUUUUUACUUGGGAAAAUAUAAAAGAGCUGAAGCACUUUAUAAGAAAUCUUUGCAAUUUCGCAAAUGUUUAUUAAAAUCUAAAGGUGCUACAAAACCUUUAGAAGGUCAGAAGGAUUUGCCAACUGAUGUUGAUAUAAAAUUUCAAAUUCAUUUGUGUUUAAUAAAAUUAAAGAAUUCUCAAGAAGCACUUCAGGUGUUACAAAGUAUUCCUGGUAAACAAAGAACUCCAAAGGUAAACAUGGCACUAGCAAAAAUGUUCCAAGAACAAGGAAUGGAGCGCUCUGCAAUUACUACUUAUAAAGAAGUUUUAAGAGAAUGUCCAUUAGCUUUAGAAGCUGCAGAAGGUCUCCUUUCCCUUGGAGUAAAGGGAAUUGAAGUAAAUUCACUAAUUGUGAGUUGUGCAUCCAAUUUAUCAAAUUUAGAUUGGUUGAACACAUGGAUCAAAGCUCAUGCACAUAUACAUAAUAGAGAAUAUACCCAUGCAGUAUCAACAUUAAGGUCUUUGGAUAAUGUUAAUCUACUAAGAGAUAAUUUUAAUUUAUUGACAACAAUGGGAGAAUGCUAUUAUUAUGCAGGAGAUGAUAAAAAUGCUUUAUUAUGUUUACGAAGAGCCAGGAUUAUAGAACCAGAUGUUAUGAAAGGGGUUGACGUUUAUGCAGCAGUAUUAUAUAAAACACACCAUAUUAAAGAACUUGAAAGACUGAUUCCAAUAAUAACAGCAAGCAAUGAAUGUACUGGAGAAAUAUAUGUUGCCAUGGCAUACUCUCUUUAUGUUGCUAGAAAACUUGGUAGAGCAAACACUUUAACAGCACAAGCCUUAAACAUAAACCCAAAUGAUAUAGAAGCAACAAUUCUUCGAGGAAAUAUUCUUAUAGAACAAAAAAAGUACCAAGAUGCAUUGUUCUUUUUUAGACAUGCGGUACAACUAAAACCAUAUCGUUAUGAACCACAUAAGGGUUUGGUAGAUUGCCUUGUAGGAAUGCAUAGAUUACGAGAAGCUCUCAACAUUGCAAGUGGAUCUUGUAAACAACUAGGACAUACUGCAAGAGUUCUUACGCUGUAUGCAUCUGUACUUAUGAAAGAUCCAGUUUCUGUUGGUAAAGCAAAAAAUCUUUUGGAAAAAGCAUUACUUCAAGAUGAAGUUUAUCUACAUGCUGUUUAUUUAUUAGCCGAAAUAUAUGAACAAGAAAUGAAUUUAGAAGCUGCGAUUGCGUUAUUAGAAAGGCAAGUGGAAAUCCAGCCAACAUGCAAAUUGCAUCAGAUGCUUGGAGAUUUAUGGGCAAGAGUUCAUAAUGAAGAAAAGGCUUUAGAUCAUUAUGCAAUUGCUUUAAAUUUAGAUCCAAGUAAUAGAAGAGCGUUGGAAGGUAUGCACAGACUAGAUAACUCUUCAAAUAAAUUAGAUUCGGCUUAUUAUAUGACUGUGGGUGAAGAACAAACAGAUACAACCUACGAUGUUGGUGAUGGCUUACCAGAUACUGAUAAUGAUGAAGCGCCUGAUGAAAGUGAAACCGAAGCUAUGUGGUCGGAUAUGGAUCUUGAGGCAAAUAGUCAAUAA